AUGAUGAGCAUGUGUCAAAUGGUCGAAGAAGAACUGAAGAAAGCGCUUAUCAAGACGAGACUUAUUGAAAAUUGGGAGAAUUGUGGCUGGAAUCGAAGUGGCCGAACCGAUAAGGGCGUCUCGGCGUUCAAACAGAUUGCUUCGCUCAUCGUAAGGUCGACAGGUGGGCAUGAGAAUGCUUUGUGCGCCACAGAUGGUUCUGGUGAUAUAACAGCAGCUGAAAAACAGGAACUGCCAUAUAUUAAAAUGUUAAACGGUACAUUGCCGAAGAGUAUUCGGGUACUUGCAUGGGCACCAGUGCCCGAGGAUUUCAGCGCCAGGCACCAGUGCACUCAACGUACCUACACUUACCUCUUUCCAAAAGGAAAUUUCGAUAUACAGGCUUGCGAUUUAUUGGUUGGUGAGCAUGAUUUCCGUAAUUUUUGCCGUAUUGAUAUGAACAAAGAACGCGUGGAAAUGAGCUAUGUACGCACCAUAAAUUAUGCCCGUAUAUCGGCAAUAUCGGAUGAUAUAUCAUCACCGUACGAUUUUUUCGAGUUAACAAUCAAAGCAAAAGGCUUCCUUUGGCAUCAGAUCCGUUGCAUCAUGGCGCUGCUUUGUGAAAUUGGCUGCCAAAAUGAGCAACCACAGGUAAUUUGA